AUGUCUGCAGCGAAGGUGAAGGAGCAGCGAGGGGCGGCGGCGGCAGCGGCGACUGCGAAGAUGGGGGUGGAGAAGUGGUACGAGGGCCGCACGCUGCUGGUGACGGGCGGCGCGGGCUUCAUGGGCAAGGUGACGCUGGAGAAGAUGCUGCGCGCCCUGCCGGGCCUGCGCCGCGUCUACGUGCUGCUGCGCCCCAAGCGCGGCGACGGGCCCGCGCGCCGCCUCCAGGACAUGAUCGCCAAGCCGGUGUUCGAGCGCGUGCGGCGCGAGGCGCCCGAAGCGCUGAAGAAGCUGGUGGCGGUGGAGGGCGACCUGCUGCAGGAGGGCCUGGGGCUGGCGCCCGCCGACCGCGCGCGCCUCGUCGCCGAGGUGUCGGUGGUGCUGCACGGCGCCGCCAGCCUGCGGCUCGAGGCGCCGCUGGGGCCCACGCUGCGCCACAACGUGUUGGGCACGCGCCGCGUCCUCGACCUCGCGCUCCAGAUGCCGCACUUGCAGACGGUGCUUGAGGAGCGCGUGUACCCAGCUCCCGCGCCGCCCGCUGACCUCCUGCGCAUCGCCGAGUGGAUGGACGACGACGCGCUGCAACUGCUCACCCCCAGGUUACUGGGAGGCCACCCAAAUUGCUACACGUACACCAAGCAGUUGGCAGAGACGCUGGUGGAUGAAGCACGUUCAAAAAUACCCACAAUCAUCGUGAGGCCCUCCAUCGUGACACCGGCGUGGCAGGAGCCGACGCCGGGCUGGGUGGACUCGCUCAACGGGCCCGUGGGACUGGUGGUGGGCGCGGGCAAGGGGGUCAUCCGCUCCAUGCUCUGCGGCCGCCACUUCAAGGCCGAGGCCAUCCCGGUGCUGGACCGCGGGCGCAAGCUGGUGUACGAGACGCCGUUCGAGGGCGUCGUGUGGUACCCGGACGGCGACAUCCGCGACAGCCGCCUGGUGCACGCCCUCAUCGUCUUCUUCUUCCACACGCUGCCGGCCUACUUCAUCGACCUGCUGCUGCUGCUCGCCCUACAGAAGCCCUUCAUGGUGCGGCUGCAGCGGCGCAUCAGCACGGGCCUGGACGUGCUGCAGUACUUCACGAUGCGGCAGUGGGAGUUCAAGAACGCGCACGCGCUGGCGCUGGAGCAGCACAUGAGCCCCGAGGAGCGGAGCGUCUUCUACAUCUCCGACGUGGAGGUGGACGUCGCCGACUACCUGCGCAACAUCCUGCUGGGCGCGCGCCAGUACUGCAUGAAGGAGCCCUUGACGUCCAUUCCACGCGCCCGACGCCAUCUCAUGCUGAUGUACCUGAUACACAACGUGGCAAAGAUUGUGUUCUGGUUAUCGAUCUUAUAUCUCAUUGUGAAGAAUGUGGAACCUCUCAGAGCAAUGCUUGAUACAGCUUCAAGUGGACUGCUACAUUCUUCUUUCUUGCGGGUUUUUGCCGCUGAAUAAUGAUGUGUCAAUAUACACACAAAAUGUAGCAUAUCUUUUUCUAGAGAUCUGUAUUUUUACACCUACACCAUAAAGCAUAUAUUCCUUUAAGUACCAUUUUUUAAAUAUAUAUUAUAUC